UCCCCACUAAAAAUGUUGAAUUAGGAUUUAGGUGAGAUUCAAAGGCGGUGGUGGCAAGUAGCCUGGCGCUGCUAUCUCCGGCUGGUUCUACACAAAAACCCUUAGAUAACGACAAGAUAUGGCGGCGAUUUGCACCUUCGUGCAUCCUUUCUCACCUUCUAUGAUUUCGAAACCACCUUCUACACCAUCACUAGUUGUAGUGACCUCCAGAUUGUCUUCAUCGUCGUUCACUUCUCCUUCAUCUUCAUAUUCGUCAUUGGUUACGACGUUUCCAAGACGCUCUCUUGGUCGGAGGAUGAAGGCGGGAUCGACUGCAAUGAUUGUUUGUAUGGCCCCCGACGAAGAGAAAUUGACUCGCCGUAACCCUCUCGAUUUUCCAGUGGAAUGGGAGAGACCUAAACCAGGUAGAAGGCCGGAUAUAUUUCCUCAAUUCAGUCCGAUGAAAACACCAUUACCACCCCCAUCACCAUAUGACCCUCCACCAGAAGAUGAAGAAGAAGAAGAUGAAGAUAACAAAGAAGAGGAAGAGGAUCCUGAUAAACAAGAACCAGAAAAUCCCUAGUCCCUCAUUUUGUUAAACAUUUAGGGAGAAUUUUGAUGAUGAUAUUGAGGACUUAUAAAUGAAGUUAGAGUAUUUAAUGAGAGCUAUAUGUUGUAUUGGAUAUAGUGUUGAAUGAAUAAAUGAGACGAAAGUGUGUUAUUUUGAAGUGUCUUAUGCAAAGAUUCAAUAUCAAGUACAUGUAUUUUACAAUGAAUAAUGAAUCUCUGUUUAAUUUGUUAUUUUUAUAUAAGGAUAAAUUUUAUAGGUGUA